AUCCAUUAGCAAGAUAUAUUCGCAACUAGCUAAGAACCUAUUGUCACUUACUCUUAAAAAGUAACACAAGAAAACUAAAGAAAAAUCUAAAUUGUUUGUUGGAAAAUUUGUUGAAUAAAAUUUGGAGUUAAGUUGCUAACUCGUAGGAGACCGAUGGCUGCCGUGCACAAGAAGGUGAUCGUUGUGGAUUCGAAGAGCGCCUACGACAAACUAGUCAAUGAUGCGGGGCCCAACAAACAUAUUCUCGUCGAGUUCUAUGCCACGUGGUGUGGUCCCUGCGCGAUGAUUGGGCCCCGUUUGGAGCAACUGGCAACGGAGUACUCCGGACGCAUGAUAAUCCUCAAGAUAGACGUGGAUCAAAACGAGGAUCUGGCCAUCCAGUACGAGAUCAGUAGCAUGCCCACGUUCCUGAUCAUCAAGAACCGAGUGACCCUCAUCCAGUUCGUGGGCAGCAAUGUCGAUAGAGUCCUCACCACGGUGGAAAAAUAUGUGGGCAAGGCGGAUGAAUCGGCAGUUAAGACAGGAACCAAACCGAACGAAGGAACUGGAACUCAAGCUCCCGUGUCGAAAACGUAAAGAUUCUGGCGGUUUUUAUCUCGUCAUCUUUAUGCAGUAAUAAUUGAAAUUAAAGUGUGUUGAAAUCUUUACGUGUGAGUUGUAUCCAAAGCAUUUAGAAGACGAACUUUCAUAUUGGUAAUUCGUAUUACAAAUUCAUUUUACGUGUUCUAAAACUAUUUAUGACUAUAAAAGAGUCAUUGUGUUAAUAAAGUUUAGAUAGACUGAAAA